AUGAUGAUUUGCAGUGUCCACCAGGGUUCACGUUCACCAGGUGGUCCAACUGGUUCAUUAGGUUCUGGUUCGUCUCGUUUACCUGGUGGUCCGGUUGGUCCCUUGAAAGGAAAAAAUGAAAUAUGCCAAGCAACCAUUUCACCAGGAGAUGCUGGUGGCCCGAAAUUGCUAGAUGGAAUCAUAUCUGGUCCUGGUGAACCUUUGGGUCCACGAAGCCCUUGUGAUCUUGGUGGCCCGAAAUUGCUAGAUGGAAUCCUAUCUGGUCCUGGCGAACCUUUGGAUCCACGAGGUCCUUGUGAUCCUGGUGGCCCGAAAUUGCUAGAUGGAAUCCUAUCUGGUCCUGGUGAACCUUUGGAUCCACGAAGUCCUUGUGAUCCUGGUGGCCCGAAAUUGCUAGAUGGAAUCCUAUCUGGUCCUGGUGAACCUUUGGAUCCACGAAGUCCUUGUGAUCCUGGUGGCCCGAAAUUGCUAGAUGGAAUCCUAUCUGGUCCUGGCGAACCUUUGGAUCCACGAGGUCCUUGUGAUCCUGGUGGCCCGAAAUUGCUAGAUGGAAUCAUAUCUGGUCCUGAUGAACCUUUGGAUCCAUCAGGUCCUUGUGAUCCUGGUAGACCUUUGAUUCCUCUUCCACGAUUGUAUCAUCACCAGGCUCACCUUCCUCAUCAGAAAAGUCCAGGUGCUUCGGAAUCGCCUAUCCUACCUCCUUUACCUGGUCUUCCAGGUAUGCCGUGA